AUGGAAUGCAAGAGAUCCGAAGAAUGGUUUUUGAAGUCUCUAUCGGCGCCGAAGACCGCAGAUUUGGAGGAACAAAGCAGCAAAGUCAAGAGCAAAGAAGUCAGUUCCAUUCAAAUAAUAAUUCCAUCCAGUGUGACUGAGGAAGUAGCUUCUUCGCCAUCUCCGCUCGCUGAAGACUUUAGUCAUGAUCCUUUUGAUGAGUUGAGUUUGCCGAGUUCUCCGCCUCCCAGCCCACCCAAAGCUACGAAGUUUACUGAUAUGAUACCGAAGUUACCAAGAAUUGUGAUGAGGGUGAAAAAUAGCACGUCGUACAUUUGCGAGAGAUGCGAGAAAACCUUUAGAAACAAGAGUUCUCUUAAGACUCAUCUUUUUUCGCAUUUCAAGCCUUUUCGUUGUGACAAGUGUAGUAGGAAGUUUGAACAUAGUAGCGCUUUGAAUAAUCACAUGGACUUCUUUCAUCUGAACGCAAAGAAGUACAUCUGCGAGUUUUGUGGAGGGAAUUUCAUAUCUGCAUCCAGCUUGAGGUUCCACCGAAUGCUACACACAGGUGAAAAGCCCUAUGAAUGCAACCUUUGUUCCAAGAGAUACAACAGGCCUGGCACUUUGCGGAUGCACAAGCGAAUUCACUUAGGGCAGAAACCACAUGUUUGUAAAUUCUGCGGCAAGGCAUUCACGGCGAAGCCCAACCUGAAUGUUCAUGUGAUGAGUCACACAGGAGAGAAACGGCAUCAGUGCGAUGUUUGUUCCAAGAGAUUCAUAUCCAAGGCUGGUCUCAAUGAUCAUUAUCGGACGCACACUGGAGAGAAGCCCUUCAAAUGCAAGGUCUGUAAUCGUACCUUCGGCCAGAGGAACUCCAUGCGAUGUCACAUGAAGACUCACCCAGAGACUGAGACGUUCUCGUGUCCAAUUUGUGCAAAGAAGUAUCUGAGACAAGAUGUCCUUACGCUGCAUCUCAAGACACACGAAAACUCAAAGUCGACCAAAAAGCGAUUGAGAAAAUAA